AUGGUUUAUAAUUUGUGUUCCGUUGUGUUGGGGGUGUUGCUGAUGUUUGCUUCAACAUCGGAUGCAAUCCCAACGGGGGAAUUGACGAUGAUUUGCAAGAAAACUCAAAACCCUAAAUUGUGUGUGAAUCUUCUGAAAUCAAACCCUAAAAAUGCAAGCCUAGUGGAGGUGACGGAACACAUCAUCGACGUAGUGGGUGAGGAAGUGAGGAAGGGAAUAAAAUUAAUCCAUGACCUGAUCGGAGGAGAAAGAAAUCCAGUGGCGAGAAGGCACUACUGGUCAUGUUUGGAGCAUUUCGGUUCGGAGGGUGCUCUGGGAGAUGUCGAGUACUCGAAAGAGAUGCUUCGUAGAAGAGACUACCUUGGUGUGAACGUGGCUGCUUCUGCAGUGAUAAGCGACGUUGAAGACUGCGUUUCAGGAGACUCCCCGACUGAUCCUUCUUUCCAUGAUUCCUCCGCCCUUCCUAAGUGCGCUGCACAUGUUGAAUCCAUCGUCGAUGUUCUUCUUGUUUUAUCAAAUCGUUUAGCGAAUAAGAUUAUUUCUUAA